ACUCUUAUCACUUGCUUUGAAGUUUGUGAUAACAAAUUGGAAAAUAUUGGAAAACAGCAUUUGAAAUAUUUUUAAAUUUCCAUUCGAAGCAACAGUUUUAAAAAUGUCACUAUUUCCUGCUUAUUCCAAGGAUGACCCGGAGCCUGAAAAAACAGAAAAUACUUCUCUAACAUGGCUAACCAACUCCAGCUUUAAACCAUCCGCUGAAAAAUCGAACGAUAAAAAGAGAAGGAGUCCAUCUCCAUCGUCACAUAAAAGAAAGAAACAUAAACGAGAAAAAUAUCAGAAAGCUGAAGAAAUUUUCCUAGAAAAGGCAGAAGAAAAAUUACACGAUUUUCUUCGUAACUCUUCGUUUCGAGAAGAUCGAAUCGGUUCCAGAAAUAAUGUAUUGAUUCCUACUCUUAUGAAAGACGAUGCUCCUUUGUAUAAAAAGCCCAGAAGAUGCUAUUAUUUUGACGGAGAUAAUUUCAGAAAGAAAGAUCUUAGUUGGAGAUAUUUUGAAUCUUCCUUGAAAGUAUUUGAAUCCGAUUCAACAGUCACUGAUAAGCUACCUUCCCAGACGAAUGAAGACGUUAUUCUAAUUAGCAAAGAAGAAACGUUACCUAUGAGUACAAAUAUAGAAUCACAGAUGUCUAAAACGACAGCGUCGUAUAACCAACAGCUCACCGAGAACCCUUAUGAUGAAGAUUUAUGGCUACAGUAUAUCGAUUUUCAGGACGAAGUACAAAAUUUUGAGAGAUUCUAUAGAAAAACUAAAGGAAACACGUUAGCUUCAGCUGAAAAAAAGUUGGCAAUUUUAGAUAAAGCUCUGUCACAUAAUCCAUCAUCAUUAGCCUUAUUAAAUCGGAAAUACGAAAUAAAAAAUGAAUUUUUCGAUGCCGAAAAAGUCUCCGAAGAAUUAUUCAACGAUCUACGUCAAGAUCCCGGGAACACGGUGUUGUGGAAUUAUUACAUUCGAAACACGCAAUGCAAAUUAUCACGUUGCUCAGUUCCCAAAGUGAAAUCACUUUAUGCUAAAGCUAUGGAGAAAGUGAAUUUCAUUCAAAAAGAUGGACUAUUGGCAGCUGAAAAACAUGUUUUAGAUUUAUACACCUCAGUUGCUCUAUUCCUUCGUCAAUCAGGCUUAUGGGAACAAUUUCUGAUGCUUACGCGAUUAAAUUUACAAUUGAAUUUGACAAAAUCUCCAUCUGAAAAUUACAGAAUACCUGUUAAUUUACCUGAUUCAAAUAUACAACAAAUGGAAGACAACAUGUUAACCAGUGGUCUACCAGUAUCUUCGUUAUGGUUGAGAAUUGAAAAACUCCGUCAACGUGUUCAUUGGCACCCAACAUCCGAUCCAGAUUGCGAAGACCCUCAAAGAGUCGUCGUAGCUACUGACGUCACCGAUUUAAUUAAACCUAUCACGAGUCGAUCGUUGAACAUGAAAAUUGCCGCCUUAACUAUGGUAUUACUGAAAGUUCCCAUAAUUCCGCUCAGAGAUACCGUUUUUAGGAUGCUGUCGUUGAACGACAUCGAAUGGCAAAUGGAUUCCGCCGAAAUUCUGUUAUCGAUUUUUUGUUCUUUAGGAAUAACUCAAGGACGGUUCACUCAUACCGAAGAUUCUAUCAUUUCGUGCUUUAAAGAUCUCGUUUCGUAUCCCCAGUACAUUAAUGAUGAACUCGGUCGCGACGAAUAUCUAGAUUAUAUACAGAACAUGUUUCUCAAACUGUCAGAAAAUUUACCAUUCGAUUCUGAAACCAUCAUGUUAGUUUGGUGGUUACGAUUCGAACGUAGUUUAUUCAUCGCUGGUAAACAACCACCCACUAGGAAGAAAAAAUUGAAAAAUUUAGUUAAAGAGCUGCUAAAAGAUAAACACAGGAGCAAUUUACCAUUAUACGUCGAGUAUGCAUUUCUUGAAAAAGAAUUGAAUAAAAAUGACGACAGCUGCGUUAAAAUAUUAGAGACUGCUCUACUAUUGUAUCCGAUCAAGCAGAAUUUUCAUACUCUCGCAUCGAAGAAUUGCAUUGCUCAACUUUAUCGUGUUUUUGUCGAAGUAUUACUGGUGUCAGGCAAAAAGGAACGAUGUUUGAGUUUGCUCGCAUCGUUAGCGUUGUUGGUACCAGAGAAAGAGAUUACACUGAACGAGGAAACUUUGACGGCUGCAUUGAAGGAAUUUCAAAGAAUAACUGAUCAAAGUUUUGACGAAGAUUUUCUACUCGAAGAAGUAUUCUCUUUUGAUCACACAGGACCGCAAUUUUUUAUAGAAUGGAUCUACUGUCAAGCGUGGUUUUUAUACUUAACCGAGUCCGUUUGGUCAGCUAGUGUAUUUUUGGACGAACUAAAAAAUAAAGCGAAUUAUUACGAAAAAGGAGCUCCGGUCUAUAUAGGAACAUAUUACCGAGAAAUGAUCACCGAGAUACUGAUCACGUUAUUACACUUCCAUUGUAAUAAUAAUAAAACUAGUUUCAACGUGUUACUCGAUAGUUUACGCAAGGGUAUCAAAGAGUUUCCAAAUAACAUGCUCUUCCUCGCUACCUUCGCUGAUGUAGAAACAAAAUUAACUUUCGUUAGUCCUUGGUGGAAAAAUGAACAAUGUUUAAGAUCGAAUGAUUCUCACGUUGCCAAAUUGAUUUUAAUUUUAUUAAGUCGCCGAAGACUGAUUAUAUUUGAAAAAGCUAGCAUCGACGCUUUGAAAACACUUGGUCAAGGUGGACCUGUCGCAGCUAGUAACGCAUUCAGUAAUCGAAUGCGAUCAUUGCUGGUCAAACUCGUUAAUGAUCGAAAUACACGAUUUUGCCCUCUAUUUUGGAUAAUCUAUUUGCAAUAUUGCGCCCAAUACGAAUCGGACGUUAAAUGUAAAGACGUGUUUUAUUUGGCUAUUGAAAGUUGCCCUUGGAUAAAAACUUUAUACAUGGAAGCUGCUCAUGCACUGCCCGAUCAAGUACCUCAAAUUCAAGAUUUAAUGAUCGAAAAAGAGAUAAGAAUUCAUAUAACGCAGGAUGAAAUCGAAAUCUUGCGAGAUAAUUGAAAAAUUAAUUUUACUCCUGACUGUGAUUUAUUUAUCGUACCUAGAUAGUCAUCCGUUUUUGUAAACUAAAAUAAAAUUUUAUUUAAAAAAAAAUUGAAAUUGGUAUUAAAUUGAGAAAUGAGAAUGUAAGAGGGAGAUGAAAUGAUUAAAGUCGAGCUUUAAAUAUGAGAUCGCUUGUAGAUGGGAGGGGAAGGAGAAAUUUACUGUUGAACAUUCUCCUUACUCAGCAUAUUUUUCUUUCGUGUUGCCUGACUAAAAAUUUGUUAAAAUGAUGUCAAGGUUUUCAUUUUACGAAGAACGCUUCUGGUUACGAAAGUUUUUCAAUUUUAGAUGUUGAUGUAAGCACAUUUUUCAUACAACCUUUCAUCGUUGAGAAAUUUCUUUGCAGUGAUCGACCAGUGAUGGACUGAAUGCUCAUUACCUAGUAUCUACCUUUUCAACGGUGUGUUCUUGAUUAAUUAGGAA